GAGCGUGACGUUUGUUUAGGUUUUCGCAGGCAAAAUGGGGACUCUUUCCUUCUUUGUCUGUAUUUUGGGACUGUUCGUCCUGCUUGCGUGCACAUCAGCGUCUUCAGAUGUGUUCGAUAGCGUUUUGGGAAACACAGCGUCCUGUCAUAAGUCAUGUGAAAUGACAUACAGUUUGCAUACGUACCCACGGGAAGAGGAACUCUAUGCCUGUCAGAGAGGCUGCCGUCUGUUCUCCAUUUGUCAGUUUGUUCGUGAUGGCGAAGAUCUGAAUCAGACCAAAUCCGAGUGUGAAUCAACCUGCCGGGAAGCCUACACCCAGUCUGAUGAGCACUAUGCAUGCAACCUGGGCUGUCAGAAUCAGCUUCCAUUUGCGGAGCAACGGCAUGAGCAGUUGGAGGCCAUGAUGCCUAGGAUUCACCUGCUGUACCCCCUGACUCUGGUCAGAGGACUUUGGGAGGAUGUAAUGAGUCAGGCCCACAGCUUCAUCACGUCAACAUGGACAUUUUACCUCCAGGCUGAUGAUGGCAAAGUUGUCAUUUUCCAGACUGAACCACAAGUCAAGUUUUUCUCCCAGGUUGACGUCGAAAAAGAAGUUAAAGAGGAGCCACAGAAGAGCUUCCCUGGGUUGAGCCGCCCAAUUUACAAAGAAUACCAUCGCACUUUUAUCCAGGAGAGGGACAGAGAUAUGACCGGGGACCGCAGCUAUGAUGAUGAAUACAAUCUCUUCAGCUGUCUUUCAAGGAGCCCUUGGCUACCAGGUUGGAUCCUAACCACAACUCUGAUCCUGUCUGUGCUGGUCCUGAUCUGGAUCUGCUGUGCCACUGUGGCAACUGCUGUAGACCAGUAUGUACCUGCUGAGAAAUUGAGCAUAUAUGGUGACAAAGAGUACAUGAAGGAACAGAAACUGACUCCAUAUCCAGCAUCCUCCCUCCUGAUCAUCACCUCUAAAGGGCCAGAGGAAGAGGCCGGCCCACUCCCUUCCAAAGUGAACCUGGGCCAGUCUGACAUCUAGAAGCCAAAGCUGUAGCAGAGAAGGGAAAUCCUCCUUUAUAUAUAAUUUGUAGUUGAUUUAAAAAAAACAAAACAAAAAAACCAACAACAAUCCUUUGGCACGAGACCUGUGCUUCAUGUGGUUAAACAGAACUAAUUACAGAACAUUUUGUAUUACUGAUAAUGUCUCGUCUUUUUGAAGCUUUUAAUUUUGAGUGGUGAAAAGGUGUUUUUUUUUCUGUAUAUUGGUAUGAUUGAGGCAUUAUAGUAUAGUGAUGGCCGUACAAAUAGGUUUGGGGAUUGUUAUUUUGUUUGCAUUAGCUCUUUGUUGGGUCUGCUUAUUUUAUUGAAUAAUGUUUAAAUAAACUAUUUGUGACUUGAAGUGAGAGGUUUCACCCCAAACCCCCAAACUUUGGUCGAAUAGGUUGUGCAAAUAUUGCAGACUCUCCCUGUUUGCUCUCACAUUUCUACUGCAGUGAUUUCCAGGUUAUAUUGAAUUUUACAAUAAAGUUCUAUGUUCUUAAUCUUAAUGGUGACAGUGCAAACAGUAGGUCAUUCCCUGCUUUACUGUUGUCUGUUCUUGGAAUGAUGGAUCAGAAUAAAAUACAAUAGAGAAGUCA